AUGACAAGUGAUGAACUAAGUCACCCUGAGAUUUUGUCUCCAGAAAAACUUCGUGAAAUUUUAUGCUCGCGAGGAUUAUUACCGCAGGAUCUGAAGGAUAAGGAAAAGGAUGAGCUUGUGACGCUGUGUCAUCAGUUUGUCGUCCCUCUUCCUCAGCGAGAUAAGCAAUUAAGACGAGCGAGACGAAAAGAGACCAUGAGACUUCCUCGAGAUCGUGUGUCGACGGGAACCAAAAGGAAAAGCAUGUCGGAUGAAGCAGUAGGUGAAAUCUCGAAUGAACCAUACGAAGGAAGAGUAACAUUGAAAAGCCCAACGACAGAUUGUCUUAACAAAAUAACAAAGUUAGACGUCACGUGUUUCCAAAAACCUAUGAAUGAGCAUGCUAUAUCGCAUUACUCAAGUAAUGAUAGUUAUUCUAGUCGACCAAAGAAAUUUAAAAGGACAACAAUAACUUGGCCGUAAAAAUUAACAACACCCGUGGACAUGUCACAUGCCCAGCAUUCCACUGUACUAUAAUACAGCUACGUGCUCGUCAAUUUAGAAUUAGAUUUGAUGUCCAGCGAGGGUUUUCAGUCAGAGUAUUAGCUAGCAUUUCAAUCACUGUAGAAACAAGAUCAUUCUUUUGUAUGGGCUACUAUUUGCGAUGAACGUCUUCCUCGUGAUAAGCCAACCGCAGAGCGCCUAUAUACAGACCUCUAUUUUUUUAUUAUGAAUAAAAAAGAUUGUUGUGCAUAAAUUAA